CUGCCGGCUGCCUCUCACUGAUCACUGCAGUGGUUCAGGCUUCAGCAGCCUUGGAGAAGCAUCAGCUGAGAGGAGCUAUCACAUGGGAGCCGGGAGCUGCUCAGCAAAGCCACUGUGGAGGGCACCAUCAAACACAGUAUGGCACAGUGGGCUGGAGUACUGGCUCGGGAGCCAGGCCUCCUGGGUGCGUACCUGGACCUUGCUACUUACUAACUGUGUGACCUUUGAUGCCUUUAUGAGGAAACUGAAGUUCAGAAGAGUUAGUAGCUCCCAGACCUAGGACUAGAAACCUGAUCUCGUGCUCCUUCUCCUCGACAGCUGCUGCCAUUCUGAGGAGACAAGAAAUCAGGAAAUUUACAUAAGCAACCUUAAAACUGGGCACUAUCCCAGAGCUCAGCAGGACCCUGGGAAAGGGAGACAGAGGAUUUAGAGUCCCUGGAUAACAGUUCUUGAAAGGGGAGAAGGGUGUGGAGAAGAGAGGAAAGCAGCAGGAGACCACUCAGAAGACGGAGUGUUGAGUGGGUGAGGCUCCUGCAUCUCUCACGCUCCUGCUUUCUUGCAGUCACCAAGGUGGACCCGGAGCUGCCUCCUGAGCCCUCAGUCCCCGGCCUUGAGGGCUGGCAACAAGAGCCUGCCCGAGAGGCUCCAGCAGGAGGCGCUCUCUCCCCACCCCAACCCGCACACACAAAAUUGGGAAGCCUGGGCCUGGGCUCGCCAUCCCAGGGUCACUGGACUAGGAUGGGGGAUGGGCCUGUGACAGGAGGUGCCCUGGGUGUCCUCUUUCGGCCCCAUGGAGUCCUCCCCCAUCCCCCCGUCAUCAGGGAACUCUUCCACUCUGGGGAGGGUCCCUCAAACCCCAGGUCCCUCUACUGCCAGUGGGGUCCCGGAGGUAGGGCUGCGGGACGUGGCUUCAGAAUCUGUGGCCCUCUUCUUCAUGCUCCUGCUGGACUUGACCGCUGUGGCUGGCAAUGCUGCUGUGAUGGCUGUUAUCGCCAAGACACCCGCCCUUCGAAAGUUUGUCUUUGUCUUCCACCUCUGCCUGGUGGACCUGCUGGCUGCCCUGACCCUCAUGCCCCUGGCCAUGCUCUCCAGCUCCGCCCUCUUUGACCGUGACCUCUUUGGGGAGGUUGCCUGCCGCCUCUACUUGUUCCUGAGCGUAUGCUUUGUUAGCCUGGCCAUUCUCUCGGUGUCGGCCAUCAACGUGGAGCGCUACUAUUAUGUGGUCCACCCCAUGCGCUACGAGGUGCGCAUGACGCUGGGGCUGGUGGCCUCUGUUCUGGUGGGUGUGUGGGUAAAGGCCUUGGCCAUGGCUUCUGUGCCGGUGUUGGGAAGGGUCUCCCUGGAGGAGGGAGCUCCCCGUGUUCCCCCAGGCUGCUCACUCCAAUGGAGCCACAGUGCCUACUGCCAGCUUUUUGUGGUGGUCUUUGCUGUCCUUUACUUCUUGUUGCCCCUGCUCCUCAUCCUAGUGGUCUACUGCAGCAUGUUCCGAGUAGCCCGAGUGGCUGCCAUGCAGCACGGACCGCUGCCCACGUGGAUGGAGAACCCCCGGCAACGCUCCGAGUCUCUCAGCAGCCGCUCCACCAUGGUCACCAGCUCGGGGGCCCCCCAGACCACCCCGCACCGGACGUUUGGGGGAGGGAAGGCAGCAGUGGUCCUCCUGGCUGUAGGGGGACAGUUCCUGCUCUGUUGGUUGCCCUACUUUUCUUUUCACCUCUACGUCGCCCUGAGUGCUCAGCCCAUUUUGACCGGGCAGGUCGAGAAUGUGGUGACCUGGAUUGGCUACUUCUGCUUCACUUCCAACCCUUUCUUCUAUGGAUGUCUCAAUCGGCAGAUCCGGGGGGAGCUGAGCAAGCAGUUUGUCUGCUUCUUCAAGCAGGCGCCGGAGGAGGAGCUGAGGCUGCCUAGCCGGGAGGGCUCCAUUGAGGAGAACUUCCUGCAGUUUCUUCAGGGCACUGGCUGUCCCACGGAGUCCUGGGUUUCCCGACCUGUACCCAGCCCCAAGCAGGAGCCGCCUGCUGUUGACUUUCGAAUCCCCGGCCAGAUAGCUGAGGAGACCUCUGAGUUCCUGGAGCAACAACUCACCAGCGACAUCAUCGUGUCGGACAGCUACCUCCGUCCUGCCCCCUCACCACGACUGGAGUCCUGAUGGGCUGCUGGACACUUGGAGGGAGAUGGGGCUGGGGGCCGGUUAGGACCGCAAGGAACUCCUUGUGGGAUCACCUUUUCCCAGCUAGCUGGGGCUGGGGGUCUCUGCACACAGCUUUCGCUUAGUGUUUUCUGGGUCAGGAACAGAGCCAACUGGAUGGAUAUGCGGCAAAAGCCUUGGACAUGGCUGUGAGCCUUGACAACUGGGGGAGGGAACCUGGUGAGAUGGUGACGAGAAUAAAGGGUCAAGAAGGUGAGAUGAUGCCUCUCAACCAAUGAACUUUCCAUGACUCAGGAAGCAGGGAAACUAUAAGGGUAGGAGUUGGAAGAUAUAGGGCAGCAGACCAGGCUUGGAGUUAUUCUGGGGACCCUUUAGGACCUUUCAUUUUUCAGUGUAAUUGUCCAGGGAAGAAAUUGCACUCAAGCAAGGUAAGAAAAUGACCCAUGUCUUCUCAUUUCCUUGCUAGGUUUAAAAACAACUAAAUUACAGCCAAGUGUUUCCUUUGAGUUAAUAGAUUUUUUUUUCUAGUUUUAAACCUGAGGUUUCCUUAAAGCGAGAGGACCAGCUGGGUAUAUUCCUUUCUUGAGUUUGGCCAAGCAAGGGGAAAUAGCAAUCAGGGAACACAGAGUAGAAUAGAGGACAGCUGACUGCAGCUCUCUCUCUCCCACCCUCCAGGAACAGCCGUUCUGUUGUAUUUUUCAGUUUCUCUUUUGGACAUGGGAGAUCAAGUUUGGGGCUUGAUCUUAAAAGAGGCAAGAAUAAAGCAGGAUGGUUUUUCUCUUUGUCUUUUAGGAUGAAGAAGUGGAAAGAUUGGGGGUUGGAUGGCUGAAGGUGGGGGUUAGCAUUUGAAUCGCUAAGGUGGUUGGAUACAGAGAGGCCUGUAGUAACCCAGACCAAUAAUACUGUAAAUCUUUUUUUUCCAGAGCUGGCCUCCCUGAUCUCUCUCCUCAUGGCAGUGACCCAUCGCCAGCCCUCUGGACAAUCGGGUACAAGAGACUAAGGUUGGGAAUGGGAAAGGUGGGGUUUCCAUGGUUCAUUAAAUGCCUCCCUACUCCCAUUCAUCGCUCUCAAAAUUAGCUUCAGUGACAAAGACUUAAAUCUCUCUCCUAUCUGCAGCCCUGGGUUGGAGAGGGGGCACGGUAGUUGGGCUCAGCUGUUCACUGAUUGAGACUGUAGGAACUGUGUUGGGUGGUCUUGGUGGUGGUAUAUUCAAGGGAGGGGGAAUAAUCGCAAACUGGACAGGACACCCAUCUAGGACUACCCGUCCGUCCACUUCCCUCAAUUCAAUCAGGUCACAUUAGAGAGUUGAGGCAGGACCACAUGGUGGUGUGAUCUGUAUUUGAACAAAUUCCUGGCUUGACUGAGCAUCAAAGAGGAAGAUGGCUUGGUGGGAGUGGGACAGUUUCCCCUCUGAACAGUUAAUAAAUAAUUUUUAUUAUAAAAAGUUA